AUCAUUAAGCAAAGAUGGCAGCCGCCGUAGUGAGAAGUGUUGGGUCAAAGCUAAGCAGGAAUGUGAGAGAAAUCAGGAUCCAUUUGUGUCAGAGUUCAGCGGCCAGCCAAGGAGUAAGAGACUUUAUUGAGCAGCACUACGUGGAGCUUAAGAAAGCCAACCCCGAAUUCCCCAUCCUGAUAAGAGAAUGCUCCGGAGUUCAACCUAAAUUAUGGGCUAGAUAUGACUUUGGGAAAGAGACAAAUGUCUCAUUAAAUAACCUCAACGUCGACCAAGUUGCCAGGGCUCUGGAGUCUGUAGUUACCCGUAAACCAUGAAGUGAGACCCUAUUCGUUAUGGACAAGAUAUUCGCAGAUACAACAAGGAAAAGCUGCCACCUUCCAUGGACAUUAAAUUAUAUUCCCCAUUUAACACCAUAUAUCAAAAUAAAGUAAAAAAAAA